AUGUAUUAAGUAUUGGGAGGUGACUCAGAAUACUCUGAAAAUAAUAUAGAACAAUAUGAUGAAGAUUAGGACUAAGGGGAUGGCUAAGAUGACAUGGGAGGAUAACAAUAUUAUGAUGAUGAAGACCAAGAUAUGUAACCGUAAGAAGAGUAUUAGGAAUAUCAACCAGAGGAACAAUAGGAUGAAUAAUAAAGUAACAUUUUAUAAUAAGGAGGCUUCAAAUAUUAACCAUUUGAUUAAAGAAAAUGGCAAUGGGCAGAACCUUUGAUAGAGGGAGUUCCUCCAUGUGCUCGAGGUGGUCAUUCAGCAACUCUGAGCGGAGCUUCGAUUAUAUUGUUUGGAGGACAUUAUUAUGCCAAUAAAGAUGAAGGAUAUAAAUACUUAAAUGACACAUAUCAGAUGGAUGUGAAUGCAAACAGAUGGUUUAAAGCCAAAGUUUAAGGUACUCCGCCUGCUCCUAGAUAUGCUCAUUCUGCAGUUUUGGCAGGACAAAGGAUAAUUAUAUUUGGUGGAAAGGGAGAGAAAUGUGUGUUUAGAGAUUUACAUGCACUUGAUCCAUUGACAUUAACUUGGUAUUAAGGACCUGAAGGUUCUGGUUCUCCAAGUGCUAGGUUUGCUCAUUCUGCAACUUUGUACGCUUCAACCAAAAUGAUAAUAUUCGGAGGGUGGAAUGGGAUAGAUUAUUUUAACGAUCUUUAUGUCCUAGACUUAGAAGUUAUGGCUUGGUCUCAACCACCCUGCACAGGGCCUUCUCCCACUCCUCGUUAAGGACACACAGCUAUAUAGGUGGGAGCCAAUUUAAUCAUACAAGGAGGUUUCUAUUAUUAGGAGGAUAAAACUCUUAAGACAUUACAUAAGACAGCCAAUCCGAGACAUGGAUCACAUCUAAGAGGCUGCUAUUUAAAUGAUAUUAGAAUUCUCGAUACUGAACACUUUGCAUGGAGUAGGUUAAGAGUAAGUGGAACUCCCCCUGCUCCAAGAUAUGGACAUUCAGCCAAUGUGAGUGGAGCUGAUAUCGUAGUGUUUGGAGGGUGGUCUUUGAAUUCAGGAGCUAGAAGUGAAAAUAAUUUUGCCACUCCUCCAGAUAUUGAUUACUUGAUUGUAUUGAACACGGAGAAGAUGUGUUGGGAAAAAGCCAAGUAUGAAGGCAAUGCUCCCAGGAAUAGAUAUGGUCAUACAGCCACAUCCAUAGGUCCACACAUUUUGAUUUUUGGAGGUUGGGAAUACAACAGAGCCACGAAUCAGGUAGUUGUAUUAAGGGAUCUAAAUGUUGGAUAAUAAUAGUAGGAGAAGAAAAAAUGA